CAAAAAUUUAAAUUUGCCGCUAUGGCUGCGGUGGCGCUUGUGGUGGGAGUAGUUGUGGGCGGACCGAGAGGAUUGGCUGUUGGGGCUGCAGCUGCCGCUGUUGGGGCUGCUAUGUUGAAUGGGAAAGAGCGGCCUCUGGAUGAGGUGAUUAGGGAAGAUUUGACAGCGAAAGAGAGGGAGAAGCUUGCGGAUGCCGUUUUGACGGUGAUCAGGCGGGAAAUUCAAAGCGAUUGUGACGAUCUAGUGGAAAGGGUGGUUGAGGAUGAGUACGUCGAAGGGUUGGUGGUUCAGGAAAUGAGGAAUGUUUUCAGGAAUAUGGAUAUGUCGAUAAAUUACUAAUGUG